CUUGUAUCACCAGGUAAAUCGAUACUAAUCUUGUACAGGUGUCAACAUCCAUCCGAAAAAAAGGGAAAAACCAACGCAACAGAUAAGCCUGUUUGUCAUGUAAGAAAAAUAUGAAAAUGAUGUUUGCUGUAAUUUUUCUGGCGGGAAUUAUCGCGCCGGAAAUUGUCUUGUCUGCUGCUGAUGACUGUCCUCUAAACUGCACGUGCAAACACAACCUCGUGAAGUGCCAUGGCUACAAUUCAGUCCCACAGCAAUUUACAAAUCCUUCGUACAUCGAAAUCUUGGAUUUAUCUCAUAACAACCUAACCUCCUUAACUAAAAAAGAUUUCGAAAAAUUUAUAAACGUACAUACAUUGUAUCUGAACGAGAACAAAAUAUCAGACAUCGAAAAUGGAACUUUUUCAUCUCUGAUUCACUUAUCAGUGUUGAACCUUUCCUGCAACAGCUUAAGAACAAUAGACAAAGGCGUAUUUUGCAAUCUCAAAAAUUUAUUGAUGCUGUACUUGAAAAGAAAUUUUAUCGAGAAGCUGUCAUUGGACGUAUUCCACAACGUUCCAAAAUUACAAUAUAUUAGCUUUGCCGAAAAUUUACUCUAUGGUUUUGAGGAAUGCACAUUUCCGAUUCCGAGUUUACAAGUUCUUGUUCUAGAUGACAACACUCUGUCAUCCAUUCCAUCACAUAUCUUCAACUGCACUCCAAAUCUCCAUGCUAUCAGAUUGAAUCUCAACAGAAUAACACUGAUAUCGGACUAUGCUUUCUCUAACCUUCCCAACAUUUCAAGCGUUAGUUUAGACAAUAACCGGAUAACUCAUCUGGAACUCUUUUCUUUUGAAGUCAGACAUCCAAAUCCUAAUACGUUAAUGGAGUGUCAAAUACGUUGGUUCUCCAUAGUUGGAAACCUACUCAUUGAAAUGCCACAGGCUUUGGAUGAUCUUGUAUACGUUGAGCAUUUAGAUAUAAGUGCCAACAACAUCAAGCAAAUUAAAACGCAGAGUUUUUAUCGACUCAAUCGACUUCGUUAUCUUCGAAUUUCUGAAAUGCCGCUUUUGAAAUCGGUUGCGCCAAAUGCAUUUGGUGGUCUUGAUCUCAGAGACGUUCAUAUGACAAGAAAUCCCAUUCUGAAAAAACUUCCCGAAAAUUUGCUGCAGAAUAUGGAUAACUUGAGAACAGUUAUCAUCAGUAAUAAUGCUCUUCAGUCCGUUCCCAGAAGUUUGUGCAAGUGGCAUAUGUUAAUGGAUAUGAUGAUGAAUGACAAUGAAUUCAUCUGUGGUUGUGGCGUUCAGUGGCUUCAGACAUAUCGUGGAUGGGGUACCCCGCAAACUAACCAACACGUAAAGUCUCUAAGAUGCCAUCAACCGGGAAACUCCGCAAAUUUUCUCAUCAAAGAUUAUGACUUCGACCAUCUUGCAUGUUCAUACAUGGACACACCAGUAAUACAAAAGUCACAUGUUCUUGUAGGACUUAUAGCCGCUACUUUGGUACUGUUGGCUGUAUGCAUGAUUGUAUUUAUAGUCUGCUACUGGAAGAAAAUCUACCGGUUCAUAGAAUGCAAUCGACACACAGACUCUACGACCACAGUUGGGAGUAACUACAUGUACAGUGAUCUCUCUACAAAAGGCGAAAUCAAUGGGGAUGCUUAUAUAACAAGAGACAAAGAUAAACUUUUGACAAUAAGGACAAAAAUCAAAAUGAUGUUUCCUGUCAUUCUUUUGGUGGGAAUUAUCGCGCCGGAAAUCGCCUUGUCUUCUGGUGAGGACUGCCCUGUAAACUGCACUUGCAAAGACAACCUCGUGAAGUGCCAUGGCUACAAUUCAGUCCCGCAGCAAUUUGAAAAUUCUUCGUUCAUCGAAAUCUUGGAUUUAUCUCAUAACAACCUAACCUCCUUAACUAAAAAAGAUUUCGAAAAGUUUAUAAACGUACAUACAUUGUAUCUAAACGAGAACAAAAUAUCAGACAUCGAAAAUGGAACUUUUUCAUCUCUGAUUCAUUUAUCAGUGUUGAACAUUUCCUGCAACAGCUUAAGCACAAUAGACAAAGGCGUAUUUUGCAAUCUCAAAAAUUUAUCGAUGUUGUACAUGAAAAGAAAUUUGAUCGAUAGGCUAUCGUUGGACGUAUUCCACGAUGUUCCAAAAUUACGAUAUAUUAGCUUGUCCGAAAAUUUACUCUCUAGUUUUGACGAAUGCACAUUUCCGAUUCCGAGUUUGCGCAUUCUUGUCCUAGACAACAACAGUUUGUCAUCCAUUCCAUCAAAUAUCUUCAAUUGCACUCCAAAUCUCCGUACCAUCAGACUGAAUCUCAACAAAAUAACGCUGAUAUCGGAUUACACUUUUUCUAACCUGCCAAACAUUACAAGCCUCAGUUUAGACUACAACCGGAUAACUCAUCUGGAACUUUAUUCUUUUGAAGUCAGACAUCAAAAUCCUAAUACCUUGAUGGAGUGCAAAAUACACUGGUUCUCUAUUGUUGGAAACCUACUCACUGAAGUGCCACAGGCCUUGGAUGAUCUUGUUUACGUAGACCAUUUAGACAUAAGCGGCAACAACAUCAAAGAAAUUAAAACGGAAGUUUUUUAUCGGCUCAAUCGACUUCGUUAUCUUCGAAUUUCUGAAAUGCCGCUUUUGAACUCUGUUGCGCCAAAUGCAUUUGAUGGUCUUGAUCUCAGAGACCUUCAUAUGACAAGAAAUCCAAAGCUGAAAAAGCUUCCUGAGAAUCUGCUGCAGAAUAUGGAUAACUUGAGAACAGUUAUCAUCAGUAAUAAUGCUCUUCAGUCCGUUCCCAAAAGCUUGUGCAAGUGGCAUAUGUUAAUGGAUAUGAUGAUGGAUGACAAUGACUUUAUUUGUGGUUGUGGUGUUCAGUGGCUUCAGACAUAUCGUGGAUGGGGUACUCCGCAAACUAAACAACAUGUGAAGUCUCUAAAAUGCCACAGACCUGGAGACUCAAAAAAUAUUCUCAUCAAAGAUUUUGACUUCGACCAUCUUGCAUGUACAUACACAUCAGUAGUGCAGAAAUCACGUGUUCUUGUAGGACUUAUGGCCGCUACAGUGGUACUGCUGAGUGUAUGCGUGAUUUUGUUUAUAGUUCGAUACCGGAAGCGAAUAAUCUUCCGGUACAGACAGUUCAAAUACAGGCGUCACACGGACUCUGCUUACACAAUUGAAAAUAAAUACAUGUACAGUGAUCUCUCUACGAAUGGUGAUAUCCAUGCAGAAGUUCAUACAACAAAAGACAAAGAUAAUCUUCUAACAUAAUAUCAUAGUCAUUUUUUCAGGAACUUUUCUAUGAAUGCAGCUGAUUCAUUUGAAUAUCAUUAAUACACAAUUGGAUUAUCCAUUCAAACAGUGAAGCAUUCCAUUUUACUUUGUUUAUGCAUGCACUAGUUAAACUGUGAUAAAAAAAUUGGUUUUGAAUUUUGAAAGAACUUAAAGUAAAAAAUAUUGCUACUCAUCUGAAGAAAAUUUUAAUUAUCUUAAGUAAAUAAGUAAUUUUAGUUUAUAUUUCAUGUCAGUAUUGUUUUUGUCUUCUCUAUAUUAUUCUUAUUUUACAGUACCGUAAAAUUCAGUUUUGGUUGCUUCACACAAUUUAUUGCACUAAAUUUUCAAUUUAAUUUAUGAA